AACAACCCAUUUCUUGGACUACGCAAGAUGAAGGUGAAGGCUCUGUCCGUGCAGGAGUGCACCUGGAUGUCAGAGGAGUGCCACCCAGUAGAUAAGCUGCAUAGAGACACCAACAAGGAAGGCCUUCGCUUACCAAACAUCUUCAAGUCUAAAAAGGUAAAGCCGCUCUCCAGGAGUCACAGUGGCCCGACUUAUCGUUUUUACUACACUGCCAGAGAGUUGCUGCUGGAGCUGCUGGACAGAGGAACUGUGCAGGAGCUGGUCAGGAGAGCUGCUGGAGUCAAGGCAGGAGCCAAUCGUCCAUUGCACAGCCAGAGCAGAGAGCAGUGCACAGAACUCUCUGAGGAGGAGUACGCUGAAGUGUUAACCUGGUUCUCUGUAGUCCUGCAGAGCGGUCUGUCUGUAGGAGACGACCACAGCUUAGACUCUGAGCUGAGCCUAAAACUGGACGGGUGGCAGGGUGUGCUGAAGAGAAACAGCUUCCAGAACAACCUCCUGUCAUUGAGCAGACUGGAGGAUGGAGAAAAGAUGGAAGCCCUCACUGCUUUCUGUGGCCUCUUAUCCAGACGCUACCAGGCCUUGUACACACCAGGUCAGAACCUGGUGGUGAAGAAGUACCAACUUUCCUACCAGCAGGGAACCUGUCCUCUCCAUGUUGCCCUUCUCUGUGACGUGGGCUCAGGGUUCAUCUGUAACAUGUAUCUGUACUGUCCAGAGCAGCUCCAGAAGCAGAGUAGAAAACCUGUGAUUGAGCAGGUGGUUGAACGUCUGCUCAGACCUUUCUGCAACCACAGGCGCCUGGUUCAGAUGGACAGCUCAGCCUGGAUGUCAGGCAGAGUCACGGACAUCUUCUCAGGCUUCGGCGUCAACAUUAAUUUCGUUCCAAAGGGUCAAAGGACAAUCACGGACCCAACAUCGCCACAAUCGACGCCUGUCAUUGCACACGAGCGGAAACAAGCAUGCAAAGACACACUCUCUCAUCUUGUAGCCCACCUGCAGGGCUGGACCGGACCUGCUCUGCUUCCCCUGUCAGACCUGAAAGGUUCAGUCACGGAUGUGUUUCUGCCAGGCUUCUGGGUGAUGUUACACACAAUCUGCAUCAACACGUUUGUGCUCCACACACUGCAGAGCCAGGACUCAGGCAAGAGGGUAACCCUGAAAGAUUUCACCAGGACUCUGGCCUCUCAGAUGUCUGCUGAAAGAAGUGUCACGGUGCCCGUUUUGCCGCAGCUAAACAGCAGUUCACACCAGGAGGAAAGUUUAACAAAUCUUUCUAAGCAAAGGGUAAAAACUGUGGGCUGUGGACAGGUGAAGGAAAAUGAGAGGAGACGCUGCAGCUCAGCAGUGCGGCUGCAGCUGUGGAACACACCUGGCGUGUGCGGUUUGGACAACUUUGGAAACUCCUGCUACCUAAACGCUGUGUUACAGUGUCUGUGUUCCACUGUGCCUCUCGUCGAGCACCUCCUUAAUCAGGACACUCGCAAAGAGCUGGCAAGGUCUAAGUGCCGGAUGGCUGAGGUGUUUGUGCGCCUGCUGGAGCAGAUGUGGCUGGGGAGAAGCACUCGUUGUGCCCCAGUGGAGACCAGAUCUGUGCUGUGCUCCAUCCUCCCACAGUUCAACAACUACUCGCAGCAAGACGCCCAGGAACUGCUGCUCUUUCUGCUCAAUGCUCUUCAUGACAACCUCAAAAAGGUGGUGAAGCGUCAGAUGCGUCAGCUUAAAAAAGACCACAGUAGAAUCUGUGCCAAUGCAGCUGGAGACGCCACCAUCGUCUCACAUCUGUUCGAGGGUCAGUUGAGCUACACCACCCUCUGCACGCACUGCAGUCACCAGGCAAACAGCACGCAGACCUUCACCGUGCUGUCUCUGGCGCUUCCUUCCGACGUCAUCAAGUGCUCCAUCCAGGACUGCCUGUCACUGUUCUUUGAGCAGACCAUCCUGAGCGGUGGAGAGAAGAUGCUGUGCUCGGUGUGUGGGCUGAGGAAUGAAACUGCUGUUCUGACCUGUUUGGACAAAGCCCCAGAAAUCCUAAUGUUGCACCUGAAGAGGUUUGGAUUUAAAGGGAAGAACCACGUGAAACUGAGGACCAACGUCGUCUUCUCCAUGAAGCUCGACGUCAACCAGUUUCUGUCCAGCUCGGCACAGACCACGUCAUGUUCCUCUUACCGCCUCUACGCUGUUGUGAACCAUGCAGGUCACCUCAACAUGGGUCAUUACACAGCUCUGAGCCACAACACGCUGACCCGCACCUGGCACUGCUUCGACGACUCGUCGGUCAGAGAGGUACAGGACAGCUACGUGCAGUCUCCAAACGCGUACCUGCUCUUCUACAGCCGCAAACCUUUCAAACAUCCAAAGAUCUUUGGACUAUGA